CGCUGGAAGUUGAAGCAAUUUAAUCACACAAUGGCCGCGGCUUCGACAAACCGACUGAGGAUUCUAUGCUCCUCCUCGAGGGCUAAGGUCUCUCAAUCGGGAUCCCUUUUCUACAUCGGUUCUCGUGGCUACGCAACCACCGACCCCUCUCCGUCGGCCACUGGCGCCGCCGCCGCCGCCGCCGCUACAGCAGCCCCGACAGCUCGCAGACGGACAACAUUCAAGGAUAAGCUGAACGCUGGGCCUUCCUUUUCGGAUUUUGUCUCCGGAGGUAACGACGAUGCGCCCCUGGAUCCGUCCGAAGCGUACGCCCUUAAGACGGCCAUGGUUGGCCCCGCCGGGCGCAAGAAGGAAAUGACCCGUUUACCGUCGUGGUUGAAGACGCCGAUUCCGGACUCGAAGAACUACCAGCGCUUGAAGAAGGAUCUUCGCGGGUUGAAUCUACAUACUGUUUGCGAGGAGGCACGGUGUCCCAAUAUCUCUGAUUGCUGGGGUGGAGACGACAAGUCCGCUGCGACGGCUACUAUCAUGCUCAUGGGUGAUACUUGUACUCGUGGUUGUCGGUUCUGCAGCGUGAAGACAUCCCGAACACCGGCUCCGCUUGACCCGCACGAACCGGAGAACACAGCCGAGGCGAUCUCGAGAUGGGGCCUUGGAUAUGUGGUGUUAACGAGUGUGGACCGUGAUGACCUGGCCGAUGGCGGAGCUCGCCAUUUCGCUGAGACGGUCAUUAAGAUUAAACAAAAGGCGCCGAGUAUGUUGGUCGAGUGUUUGACUGGUGAUUACGCCGGCGAUUUGGAUAUGGUUGCCCUCGUGGCGAAGUCCGGGUUGGAUGUGUACGCGCAUAAUGUCGAGACCGUUGAGGCUCUGACACCGCACGUGCGUGACCGCCGCGCCACCUUCCAGCAGUCCAUCCGUGUUCUCGAUGCUGCGAAAAAGGCCCAGCCGUCGUUGAUCACGAAAACCUCUCUGAUGCUGGGCCUCGGUGAGACUGACGAGCAGCUCUGGGAUGCUUUACGCCAGCUCCGUGCCGUGAACGUCGAUGUUGUUACAUUCGGUCAGUACAUGCGCCCGACCAAGCGGCAUAUGGCUGUCCAUGAAUACGUUACCCCAGACCAAUUUGAGUUGUGGCGCCAGCGUGCGCUGGAAAUGGGCUUCCUGUACUGUGCUUCCGGCCCCCUGGUUCGGAGUAGCUACAAGGCCGGUGAAGCAUUUAUUGAAAAUGUUCUCAAGAAGAGGCGCGCUGGAAAUCCGGGAGCUGUGGGCGAGAAGCCGGUUUCUGUUGACGAAGCAACACGUUGAUCUUCUCCUAAAAUAUUUUGCCCUAUUUUCAACAUGUUUCUCUCUCUUUUGGCGCCGGGUGACAAUUGGCAUUUGUAACCGUACAUUAUUAUUAUUAUUAUUAUUAUUUUCAGGGUGUUUUGUUCACAAGCGAAUUCGGACUUCAUUAUUCUAGACGUUCCCUUUACAACUACCGAAACUCCAGCGUAGAGCAAAAACCAAUAGCAUUUUUAGUUCAACAGAUAGAUUUAUUCAAUGA